GUUUGGGAAAGGUGUCACUGAUGUAGAGAAGGUGUCUGCAGCAGGCUUGGUGUUCAGAUGGAUGGUGGCCGCGGAUGAGAGCGGGGUUUCCUAGCUGGACAGGCCCAUCAAUGCAAGCCAUGCAAGUAGCUGAGGACGCUCGCACCCAUUUGGAGGAUGAGCUGCUAUUCUGUGAAGAGUGCCGCCUUUAUUUCCGAGAGUCCUGCCCACAACAUGGUCCCCCUACUUUUGUGGCCGACUCCCCUGUUCCAGAAAGGACUCCGUCGCGGGCCUUGCUCUCUCUGCCAGAAGGACUUGUGGUUAAGGAUCGUCUCCAAGGAGGCUUUGGCGUCUGGAGCACUCUCCCAGUUCUGCCUCGGGGCUGCAUCUUUGGGCCCUAUGAAGGUGAAGUGGUCCGAGAACACAGUGACUGCACCCGUUAUUCCUGGGCGGUGCGAGACAAUGGCUCUUAUUUCUUUAUUGAUGCAUCGGAUGAUUCCAGAUCCAGCUGGAUGAAAUACGUGGCAUGUGCCUCCACUGAGGAUGAGCAGAACCUCACCGUUUUCCAGCACCGAGGCUAUAUCUACUACCGGGUCUGCCAAACCAUACCUGCUGAUACAGAACUGCUGGUGUGGAUUGGAGAGGAGUAUGCCCGCACUCUGGGCUUGCGCCUAGGUGAGCACUUUAAAUAUGAGUUUGGCGAGAAGGAGCUGUUGAUGAAACUCUUCCAAGAGCUUUACCUGAAGACCCCAUCCUCCCCACCUGUGUCCUAUGCCCCUUCCUCACGGACGCAGUACCUGUGUGGGGAUGCCACUGCCUCAGCCCUACCCCUCCACAAGCCAGGCCUUCCACCACCAGGAGGAAACACCUUUCCCAUGCUGGAAGGGACACAGAAUCUGGUGGGGUUGGGAAGGGCCCAAAGCCGCUACUGGACCUUCUUUGGCUUCCAGGGAGAUGCUUAUGGCCGCAUCCUCGACAAGAGUAAGAUAAUUUGCAAGCUCUGCGGGGUCCGGCUGAGCUACAGUGGCAACACCACCAACUUGCGGCAGCAUCUCAUCUACAAGCACCGUUGUGAAUACAACCAACUGGUGGGCACUCAGACCACCACUCUUGAUAAAAGGAUGGUGGGGAUGGGUGAGUUUGGACCUUCCCGGACUCCCAUACCUGGCAGGACCACACGGGCUGUGGCUGAUUUUAUUGUGCUGGACCUAAUGCCUGUGGAAGUGGUGGAAGGGGAAGGUUUUGGGCAGAUGCUGGGCGUCUUAGAUCCCAGCUACAAGCCCCCCAAUGCUUCCUCCCUGGCUCAUACUGUGCUGAAGGACAUGUACACCCAAGUAAAGGGGAAAAUCUGGGAGUUGGUGCAGGUCCUGCCCCAGUGCUCCCUCAGCCUGGACAUAUGGUGCCAUAGCAGCAACCUCACCUACCUCACACUCACUGUACACUAUGUGGAUGACUGCUUUGAACCCCGCACAUGGGUCCUUUCGAGCCACCCCAUCCCUGAGGAGCCCAGCACUGAAAGCUUGGUUGAGGCCCUUGCUGAGGCAAGUAAGGAGUGGGGGGUACGUGACAGUACCUCAUACAUAGUGGGAGGCUUCAGAGGAACCGCCAUGCAAGAAGCCACAGCAGCUCUUGGCUGGACGGCUCUGCCUUGCAUCGGGCAGGCCUUGCGAGCGGCCAUGGAAGCUGUGCUGGGUCAGCCAGCAGUACAAAGGGCAUUAGAGCGGCUUCACCGCUUGGCCUCCUGGGCUGUCACUGGGGCAGGGCGAUCUGAGAAACUGUGGAUGCAGGAGCCACUCCUGCAGACUCACCUCAGCCGCUUCCUGCGAGACGGAGGCAAAUGGCACAGUGCCUAUGCAAUCUUGCAGGGCCUGCUGGAGCACAGUGAACCUCUGGCGGGGCUUGGCCCAGAUGGGGAAGCAACCCUGCGUCCUCAGGACUGGGCCGCCCUUCAGGAUACUGUCAAAGUCCUCAAACCCAUGGCCAUUGCUACCUCAACAUUUACCAAAGAUCCUUUCUCCAGCCUGUCCCUUGUCAAACCUGUGCUAACCAGCCUCCUUUACAAGCACUUGGUAGCCAGUGAAUGGGAUUCGGCCCUAGCCCUGGAAUCCAAAGCAGCAGCCCAAAAAGAGCUGAACCAACAGUUCUCCAAUUUGGACGUCAACCAGGCCCUCAAUCUGGCCUGUGCUUUGGACCCUCGCUUCCGUGGCCUCGAUUUCCUGAGCCAUACUGACCGGGUGGAAACACUGCACUUGCUCAAGACGGAAUCAUUGUGCCUGGCUGAGGCGUCCCCAGGACUGACUGCUGGCCUGCCUGAUGCCACCUCUUCCUCCCCGCCUGCAAAGUUGCCCAAGCAGGACACUGGCAUCGAGUUCCUGCUGGGAGACCUGUACAGCAUGCGCAGUGCUGCAGGUAUCAGUUCUGCUCAUCAGCAGGCAGAGCAAGAGACAGCCAGCUUCCAAACCAGCAAGGCCUCUGCCCUUGGCCAGGAGCCAUUACAAUGGUGGAAGACACACCACACUCAGUACCCACUGCUGGCCCAGGCGGCCCGCAAGCUGCUUGGUGUCCCUGCUACCUCCGUCCCUGCCGGUUGGCUCUUCAGCAAUGCUGGCGAUGCCAUCUGUGCAAAGCGCAGAGCCCUGACAUCGGAGCAUGUGGACAUGCUGGUCUUCCUCCAUGGCAACCGAGCCAUGCUGUAUGAAGACUUGCCAAUGCCAGGUGGGCAAAGCCUUCAGCAUAUCUGCCAAGAGACUCUUUAGCCACUUGUACCCCAAACACACACAAAGGACAUACAGAAUAAAAAUGGAGAGUCUUUUUUCCCCUUCUAAGAAAAUGGCAAGGGUUUCGGAAAUCUUUUUUUUUUCAGACUACAACAAGAAUCCCCCCAGACGACA